GGACUCUUUUCUGUGGUUCUGUCUCCUCGUUGAAACUUUCCUCUUUCUUAUCUAUUUACUCUUGUCUUUGGAUUCUUUUUUUGAGGUUAUUUGUCAUCGUUGUUAUUUCUCUCUUUUGCUGAAAUCAUUGCGAUUAUGUUCUUCAGUUCAUUGCGUGCUCUCUACUCAUGGCUUCUCUGUCUCGCACUUUGAAACAUGAUGUCUUCCCGAGCUUCUGUGGACGAGACGUGCGCAAAACCUUUCUUAGUCACCUUCUGAAAGAGCUCAAAAGCAAGGGAAUCCAAACUUUCAUAGAUGACGAGAUUGAACGAGGCCAACGUAUCGGUCCCGAGCUCGUACUAGCGAUCAGAGAGUCAAGGGUUGCCAUUGUCUUGCUCUCCGUUAACUACGCUUCUUCAAGCUGGUGUUUGGAUGAGUUAGUGGAGAUCAUGAAAGGCAAGGCAAAGGAUCAAGAUGAGUUGGAGGAAAUCAUGGAGAGGGAUCAACAAAAAGUGAUAUCCAUUUUCUACGAAGUGGAUCCAUCUGAUGUUAGGAAGCAGACCGGAGAUUUCGGGAAAGCCUUUGAAAAAACCUGUGUGGGGAAAGAAGAAAAGGUCAAGGCAUGGAGGGAAGCUUUGGAGGGUGUCGCCAAUAUAGCUGGUUAUGAUUCUCGGAGAUGGGAAAACGAAGCUGAUUUGAUCAACAAAAUUGCCGUUGAGCUUAUGAGUGUAUUGGGUUUUACACCAUCAAAAGACUUUGAUGACUUUGUCGGCAUAGGAGCUCAAAUCACGGUGAUAAAAUCAAAGUUGAUCCUACAAUCAGAACAAGUUAAGAUGAUUGUGCUUGUGGGUCCUGCCGGGAUUGGGAAGACAACCAUUGCCAGAGUUUUAUACAACCAACUCUCUCCUGGUUUUCCAUUCAGCACUUUUUUGGAGAAUAUCAGAGGAAGUUAUGAGAAGCCUUGUGGUAACGACUACCAGUUGAAAUUGAGUUUGCAGAAAAAAUUGUUAGCUGAAAUAUUAAACCAAAAGGAUAUUGAGGUUGGUCACUUACGAGUGGCUCAAGAAAAGCUGAGUGACAAAAAAGUGUUGGUUGUUCUUGAUGAAGUGGAUAGCUGGUGGCAAAUCGAGGCAACUGCAUACCAGCGCGGAUGGUUUGGUCCCGGGAGUAUUAUUAUCAUUACAACCGAAGAUAGAAAACUUCUCAAGACACUCAGAUUGGGAAUCAAUCAUAUCUACGAGAUGAAAUAUCCUACUGAAGAUGAGUCUCUUCAGAUCUUCUGCCAAUAUGCUUUCGGUCAAAACUCACCAUAUGAUGGUUUUGAAGGGCUUGCUCAGAAAAUUACUUGGCUUGCUGGUGAUCUUCCUCUAGGCCUGAGAGUCAUGGGAUCUUAUCUACGAGGAAUGUCCAGGGACGAGUGGAUAGAGGCACUACCAAGGCUCAGGUCUAGCCUUGACAGAGAAAUUGAAUCAACUCUAAGAUUUAGUUACGACGGGUUAAGUGAUAAAGAUCAAGCUCUUUUUCUGCAUAUUGCAUGUUUCUUUUCUUGUUCCCUCUGGAACGUUGAUAGAGUUAAGAGGUGUCUUGCAAACUGUGGUCUGGACGUCAACCAUGGACUUCAAGUCUUGGCUGAUAAAUCUCUUAUAUAUAUAGUUUACAAGGGAUGCGUAGAGAUGCAUAGUUUACUUCAAAAAAUGGGUAGAGAAAUUGUGAAGAAACAGUCUUUGGAGGAGCCCGGAAAGCGACAGUUCUUGAUGGAUAUAGAGGAAAUUUUUGAAGUACUUGAAAAAAAUACUGGAACUGGAAAAGUGCUAGGCAUAUAUUUGACUUGGGGUCGGAGCCUCCAAAUAAGUAAAGGGGCUUUCGAUGGGAUGAAUAAUCUCCGGUUUCUAAAUGUCUACUAUGGUCCCUUAUGCAUGCCCGAGGGCCUCAACUGUUUUCCCGACAAACUCAGAUUGAUAGAUUGGCCCUACUGUGCAUUGAGAUUUUGGCCUUCCAAGUUCUCUUUCAAGUUUCUUGUCGAACUAAUUAUGCCCAAAAGCAAUUUUGAGAAGCUUUGGGAGGGAAUACAACCUCUCCCUUGCCUCAAGCUGAUGGAUUUUAGUAGCUCUGAGUAUCUGAAAGAGAUUCCUGAUCUCUCAAAAGCAACUAGUCUCGAGAGAUUAGAUCUCUGUCACUGCGAAAGUUUGUUAGAGCUCACAAGCUCUAUUGGCAGUGCAGCUGAGCUUGAGCUAUAUAUGGGCCACACUGCAAUAGAGGAAUUGCCAUCAUCAAUCAGCACUUGGUCUUGUCUUUAUAAAUUGAGUAUUUCAGGGUGUAAAAACAUCAAAGACUUCCCAAAUGUUCCUGACAGUAUUGUAGAGUUGAAUUUGAGCAAGACAGGUAUAGAGGAGGUUCCUCCAUGGAUUGAGAAGCUAUUUCGUCUGCGUAAGCUAAGUAUGUUUGGAUGCGAGAAGCUGAAAACUAUAUCUCCGAACAUUUCCAAGUUGGAGAAUCUUGAGGUUCUUGCUCUGAGUAGAGUUUACCGCUGGGACGAGGAUCCUGAGUAUUACGAUUUCAUCAAUUACAAUGAAGCAAUAAUCGAGUGGGGGUCUGAAAUGAAGCGACGUUGGAGUUUAGAAACAGACUUCGAUUUUGACUACAUUUUGCCGAUAUGUCUACCCGAAAAGGCCCUUACAUCUCCAAUAUCAUUACGUUUCGGCCAUGAGGGUUUCGAGACUAUUCCAAAUUGCAUCAGACGUCUGUCCGGACUAAUUAAUCUUGACAUCACAGAAUGCAGCGAGCUCGUAGCACUUCCACAGCUUCCAGGCUCCCUUCUAUCUAUAGAUGCACACGGUUGUGAAUCUUUGAAGAGUAUAGACUCCUCCUCUUUUCAAAAUCCGAACAUUUGCCUAGACUUUGCUCGCUGCUUCAACCUGAAUCAAGAAGCUCGAAAGCUCAUCCAGACAUCAGCUUGCAAAUAUGCGCUCUUACCGGGUGAAGAAGUGCCUGCACACUUCACUCACCAAGCUACUUCAGGCUGCCUAACGAUCAAUAUGGCUCCAACACCUCUUCCUUCAUCCUUCAGAUUCAAAGCUUGCAUCUUGCUGUCAAAAGGCAAUACUGAUCUCGCGGAUCAUAAUGAUGAGGAUAAGAAUUCGUUUACGGGUAUAUCUUGUCGCAUCGGGGGUAAACAGAAUGGCCACACUGUCCCAUAUGGAUCAGACCAGCUCCAUCGUAUGCCAGUUCCAUAUCUAUUGCAAGAGCAUCUUUAUAUAUUUGAAGAUUCGUUCUCUCUAAACCAGGAUUGUCCUGAAGCCGAAGAAGCCACUUUCAACGAGCUUUUUUUCAAGUUCAGAGUCCAUGAUGAAGGAUGGAAGGUUAAAGGCUGCGGUGUACAACUUUUGGAGGAGGUCCCUCAAUGUAUUCUUGACGGAAAAGAAACUGAAGACGAAGAAUGUAGGGGAAUAAACAUAGAGGCAAACAAUGAAAAUGCAGGUGAUGAGGAUAAAGAAAAGGAAGAUGAUGAUGAUAAUAGUGGUGAAGGUGUUGAUGUUGAGGAGGAUAUAGAUGGUAACGACGCUGGAUUUUCUGAUGCAGGAAUGGACAUAAACAUAGAAGCAAACAAUGAAACUGAAGAAGAAGGAGAAGAAUCUGGUCGUGAUGUGGAUUCAGAGACAAUGAUCAGGAAACGAAAGAGUUUAGGCAUUGGCUCGUCUGAGAACUCGUUGAUAACGAUGAUGAAGAGGAUGAGAAUUCAUUGACGCGUGUGUCUUGUAGUUGGGGGUAAACAGAAUAGCCUCAGUGUCUCAUAUGGAUCAAACCAGCGCGAUAUGCCUUAUCUAUAUGGAUACGAAGAAGUAUCAGGACGU